GUUAAAGAAAAAAAAAAAAUAACUGUAAUUUUUUAUCUGUUCUUUCUCUAAAUCUUGUAAAUAAUCCAAUCGUUAAAUAUACACAUGUAAGUGUCGUCUCAUUUGGAAAAAAACUAAUCACGUGAGUUAAAUUUUAUAGUGAUUAUUGUUGACCGUUUGACGUAUUAACGAAAAAUAUAAAUCAAGAUGAUCAUCCGGGAAUUAGCUGAUUUUCAAAUAUUCAAAACAAUAUUUUAUUACUGUGCAAAUAUUAUUUUCUUACCGGUAUUAACAUUUUUUGUGAGCAAAAUUUUUCUGUUAGAAGGUUUAUUUAAAUUAGACAGUAUGCAAAGUAGUGUUACUGCUGCAAUUAUGUCAGUAAUUGCAUUGCAUAUUGCAUUGGGUGCAUUUAUUUUCAAAGCGUACUCAGAUUCUCCUGCCAAAGUAACUGAUAAAAAGGAUUAAGCUCAUUUAUAUAUUUUCUUUCACUAAAUUUAUCAACAGAUAUUUAUUUAUACUCAGUAUUCAUUUAUCAGAACAUAAAAAUAAAAAAAUAAAUGAGUGUAAAAGAAAAAAAAAGAAGAAAAAUUAACUAUUAAUUUAAUUAAAUAAUACAAAAAAUAAUAAAUUAAUUUAGCAUGUAAAUAAAUUAAUGCAUUCACUAUUAGGCUUACGAUAAUUAAGCUAAUUUAUAAUUAAUUCUUGUAUUUUUUUUUUGUUGUAAUUAA